UAUGUAUAUAAAAAGUUCCAACAAUAAAACUUCGCCCGUCAAAAAGGACUCGAUGCAACUUCAAUAAUUUCGUCUGCAAAAAGAUUGAACCGCCCAAAUUGGCAAUGUCGAGCUCUUCGUCCUCCCCUGGAUCAAUGAAAGCAAAAUGGGGAGUAUCCUCAUCCGAUGUGGUUUAUCAUUUCGGCACCAGUGGAAUGUCUGUUGCUACUGCAACCGUAACUACUCAUCCUUUAGAUGUUCUCAAGGUCAGGCUGCAAAUGCAACUAGUCGGCCAAAGAGGUCCGUUGACUGGCAUGGGACAAAUUUCUAUGCAAGCAGUCAAAAGUGAAGGACUCAGGGCCUUGUAUCUGGGAUUGACACCUGCUUUAAUGAGGUCAGUUCUUUAUGGAGGUCUCCGUUUAGGCUUAUACGAACCUUCAAAAUAUGUGUGUGAAUUGGCUUUUGAGUCCCACAAUGUCUUGAUGAAGAUUGCAUCUGGAGCAUUCUCUGGUGCUGUUGCAACAGCACUUACCAAUCCAGUGGAAGUGUUGAAGGUACGGUUGCAGAUGAGAGGAACAAACACUCGUGGGCCAAUCCAGGAACUGCAAAAAAUUGCUUCAGAAGAGGGCAUUGCAGCCCUAUGGAAGGGGCUUGGUCCUGCAAUGACCAGAGCUGCUGCAUUGACUGCAUCACAGCUGGCAACGUAUGAUGAAUCCAAGCAGAUGUUGAUGAAAUGGACUUCUCUUCAGGAAGGAUUUUAUCUGCAUCUCACUGCAAGUACUAUAGCUGGCACUGUGAGCACCAUCAUGACUGCACCGAUUGAUAUGGUUAAAACAAGACUUAUGCUGCAACGACAAUCUCAAAGUGCUGGAAGCUAUAAAAAUGGCCUCCACUGUGCCUACCAGGUUCUGCAAACAGAAGGUCCUCGUGGUCUUUACAAAGGGGGCUUCGCGAUGUUUGCAAGACUGGGCCAGCAAACAACCAUUACCUUCAUAGUCUGCGAGCAGCUGCGCGGACUUGCAGGACUCAAUGCGCUCUGACUCGUUCUUGGAUUUACACAUGAUUCAAUAACUGAAGAUGGAUAGACAUUUUUGAGGUAUAAGUCACCCCAACCUGUGUUUGGAAUUGGUAUAUUGUUUUAUAAAAUGUGAUAAAUCUGUCCUUGAUUGGUGCUACUUGUAGUUAGGGGGACAGUCUGUAUAUGGGGUAUUAUCUGAUUGUGGGGCCAUUUUUAGGCGUGUUGUUGUAUUCAUUGUAACGAUGGUGAAAAUGACUAUUUUUCGAGGUAAAAAUGAUAAAAUGGUGUUUGUUUC